CUCUACCCGAGUGGUUCCAGCAAGGAUUUCUCUCCUGCAGGCUGCCCUGGGAUUUAUGGCCAGUCACUUGAGAUAAAGGUCAGGUCUCCCAAGGACAUCACCCAGCUCCGGCUGGGACAGAAGCUGGAGCUGGAAUGUCACACUGACAAGAGCCAUGGCGCAUCCUGGAUCCUCCGGGACAGCAGUGGGACCCUGCACUUCAUUGCCUUCAUCAGUUCUGUGUCCCGGGCCACAUUUGAGGGGGGUCAGAGAACAUCACCUCGCUUUGAGGCGAGCAAAGACAACACGAUCUAUCGGCUGGCAGUGAAAUCUUUCACACCACAGGACGAGGGGAGCUAUUUCUGCGUGAUGAAUUUGAACCAAAUGCUGCACUUCAGCCCUGGCCAGCGUGUCUUCCUUCCAGUCAUCACCACCACGGUGGCAUCCAGCACACCAGGAUCCACCACCCAGCGUGGCAUCACUGAGGACCCCAACCUCACAACUCCAGUUCCAGAGGGAAGAAUGCAGGAAGAUCUGAAUUUCUUCUGUCACAUCUUCAUCUGGGUCCCCUUGGCAGGGGCCUGCCUCCUGCUCCUCAUUGCCCUGGUGAUCACCAUCGUGCUGUGUCAACAAACCAGAAGACGAAGAUGCAGGUGUAAGAGACCUGCAAACGGGAAGCCCCCCACGAAACCCAGGACACCAAACUAACACAGAUCAGCUUCUGCUCCUCCUGGCUUCUGGAUCUUCUCCUGGGAGCUGUCAGCACAGAAAUCCAUCUCCUACAUUAUCCAUAAGGCCACUGCACCUCAGCCACUGUGCCCAGACAGGUUUGAGGGGACGAGAAGGAGAACAGACACACAGCCAAGGAGCAGCAGCUGCCUGUGAGCUGCAGGGUCAAGCACAGCUCCUUCCAACCCCUGAGCUCCUCUGGGCAAUGCUGCAGGGUCAAGCACAGCUCCUUCCAACCCCUGAGCUCC